GAUUUCGUCGUAAUCGGAGCCGGUGAGUAACAUCCCCCCAAAUAACUACCGAAGGUCACAAUCUGAAGCCGUGUCUGUAGGAUGGUACGGUCUAGCGGCGGCCAAGACUCACCACCAGCUCCAUCCCCGAAACUCGCUGGCACUCUUCGAGCAAGCCUCGACCGCCGGCGGAGUAUGGGCCGAGCACCGUCUCUACCCGGGGCUGAAGAGCAACAAUAUGCUCGGGACCUACGAGUACCCCGACUUUCCCAUGGACCCCGAGACCUUCGGGAUCUUGCCCGGAGAUCACAUUCCAGGGCAGGUCCUGCAUGACUAUCUGACAAAAUACGCCGAGACCUUUGGCAUAUUUGACAAGAUUCGCUUCCAGCACAAGCUUCUCUCGGCAGAACAUCGAGAGAGCGGCGGCUGGAUCCUGACGCUUGUGAACGGCAAGGACGGCGGCGAGGUUCAGGCCCUCGCAAAGAAGCUGGUUGUUGCAACUGGCCUCACUUCAGAAGCCUUCCUUCCCGACUUCAAAGGCCAAGAGACGUUUAGUGCCCCCAUUUUUCAUGGCAAAGACUUCCUUCAGCAUGCAGACACUCUGGAAUCAGCAAAGUCCGUGACGGUAUUUGGCGGUACCAAAUCAGCGUGGGAUCUCGUAUAUGCCUACGCGAUUAAGGGCAUCACGGUGAACUGGGUGAUCAGAGAAUCCGGGCAUGGUCCAGUAUGGAUGGCUCCCCCCUACGUCACGCCCUUGAAGAAGUGGCUCGAGAAGCUCGUUCAUACUCGCGCCCUCACAUGGUUCAGUCCCUGUUCAUGGGGCGAUGCCGACGGAUACGUUAAGACGAGGAACUUCUACCACGGCACGGCCAUCGGACGCGGCAUCACCAACAACUUCUGGAGCGUCCUCGGCAACGACGUCAUCACCCUGAACAAAUUCGAUUCGGACCCGGAGCUGAAGAAGCUGAAGCCGUGGAGCGAGGCCAUGUUCACGGCCUCCAGCUUCUCUAUCCUCAACUACGAGACGGAUUUUUUUGAUCUCAUCCGUAACGGAACGGUAAAGGUGCACGUUGCCGACCUCGUGGAGCUGUCGCCAGGCACCGUUCACCUCUCCGAUGGCUCUUCCCUAGUUUCAGACGCUCUCUGUUGCGCAACCGGGUGGAAGCAAUUCCAACCUAUACAAUUCCUGCCCGAAGGCAUCGACAAGGAACUCGGUCUCCCACACAAGCCUUCUGCGGAGAGCUUUCCACCAGCCGCGAUGAUCGAGACUAUCGACAAGGAGAUUCUCGAGAAAUGGCCGCGUCUCAAGGAUCAGCCUAUCCAGAAUAAGAAGCUGAAGCCACUGGUCGAGAAUGAAGGCAUCUCGACAAAAGAGGCCGUCAACCCAUAUACGCACCUCACACCGUACGUGCUCCAUCGCUUCGUGGUACCGCCGUCGGCCAGGCUGCUGGCGCACCGCGACAUUGCGUUCGCGGGCGUGUUGAUGAACUUCACGGUGGCGAUGAUCUCCCACGUGCAAUCACUAUGGAUCGACGCCUAUUUCCAUGACCAGGUGCCCUCGGUAACCGAGGCCACAACAAGUGCUGAGACGAUUGAAAAGCUGCGGUACGAGACUGCGCUUCACAGUCGGUUCUGCAAAUGGAGGUACCCCGCCGGGCACGGGGACAAGUUCCCAGACUUUGUUUUUGAUGCUGUGCCGUAUAUCGACCAGUUGGUGGGCGAUUUGGGGUUGAAGGUGUACAGGAAGAAUGGUAUGAUUGCGGAGGCGUCUGAACCAUACGGCCCGCAGGAUUACAAGAAUCUCCUCAACGAAUGGGAAGAGAAGCUGGCAGGUGGUCGAUGAACCAUGCAUCACGCUCUAAAUCUAUAAUACAAAAUGGUAAUGCUUGAUGUCUACUUUGACUUCACUCUCGGAUCUAAGUGCCGUUGAGGCUAGCCAAUCCGGGCAAGAUUAGGCAGCAGCCUCACCGCCCUCCAAAUGCCCAUAAGAUAUGCUGCAGUCCAAUGCCUCACCGGAUUGAUCCUCCAGCAUCAACUCAGGGAGACUAAUAC